AUGUCGCAUCUCCAACGUGCUACGGCCCUCUGGGCAUCCCUCGUCGCCCUUUCCUGGUCCGUCGCCGGAAACCCCAUCGUCAGCACCAACACCGCCCCGGCGCAGAUUGACCUCCGCAGUGGCACCCCCUCCGACCAGCACAAGAGCAGCCUACCCGCCGUCUGGCCGCCCCCGCAGGAAAUCUCCGUCUCCGCGGGCGCCUGUGCCGUGCGUCUCAAUGGUGCCGUCACCAUCGUCACCGGCAACGCCACCGACGCGCCGGCCAUCGAGGCCGUGAAGGCCAUCGUCGCCGGCGCCGGCGGCACUGCCACGGUCUCACCCCGCGCAUCCGUCAAAGGCACGCAAAUCUACCUCGGCACCGACGCCGACGCCGACGCCGCCGCCGCCGCCAAGGCGCUCACCGGCGAUUCGGCGGGGUCCCUCGCCGCCGAGGGCUACGUGCUGGGCGUCGGCAAGUACGACGGGCGGCCCGCCGUGGUGCUCAACGGCGUCGAUGCGCGCGGCACCUAUUACGCUGCACAGACCCUCCGCCAGCUCGUUGGCGACGCGCGCGGCGUCCCCGGCGGUGUCAAGAUCCGCGACUGGCCGCUGAUGCCGAUCCGCGGCUCCAUCGAGGGCUUCUACGGCAUCCCCUGGUCGCACCAGGCGCGCAAGGACCAGCUCGCCUUCUACGGCCGGCGCAAGAUGAACACGUACGUGUACACGCCCAAGGGCGACCCGUACCUGCGCGCCACCUGGCGGGAUCUCUACGGCGGCGCCGACCUGGACAACCUGCGGGACCUGGUCCAGACCGCCAACGCGAACCACGUCGACUUCACCUACGCCCUCUCGCCCGGCCUGGACCUCUGCUACACCUCCGACGCCGACUUCAACGCCACCGUCGCCAAGUUUGAGCAGCUGCGCGCGCUCGGCGUGUCCAGCUUCUACGUCGCGCUCGACGACAUCUCGCUCAAGUUCCACUGCGACUCGGACACGGCCAAGUUCCCGAACAAGGGCGACUGGCACUGGAUCGCCGACGCGCAGGCGUUCUACCUCAACCGCGUGCAGAAGGAGUACAUCAAGGCGCACGAGGGCCUGGCGGACCUGCAGACGGUGCCGACCAACUACGCCGGCAGCGCGCCGGACCCGUACAAGGGCGAGUUCGGCAAGCAGCUCGACAAGAACAUCCGCGUGCAGUGGACCGGCGAGGGCGUCUUCUCCGACGAGAUCACCGUGGAGAGCGUCGUCCGGGCCGGCGCGACGUACGUGACGGACAAGCUGUUCAUCUGGGACAACUUCCCGGUCAACGACAACAAGCCGACACGGCUGUUCCUGAAUCCGCUGACGGGGCGCGCGCCAGACUUGUACAAGCACAUGAUCGGGUUCACGUCGAACCCGAUGGUGCAGUCGUACGCGUCCAUGAUCGCGCUCGGCAACUACGGCGAUUACGCGUGGAACGGCCCGGCCUACGCGGCGCAGGACUCGUGGGCCGCCGUCGUCCGGGAGCUCGCCGGCGACGACGGCAAGGUGCGCGAGGCCCUGGCCGCGUUCGCGGACAUCAACCAGAACUGGCCGUACCGCAACAGCACCGAGAGCGCGCCGAAGCUCAGCGCCGCCAUUGCCGCAUUCUGGGCCGCUCGCCGGUCCGGCGGGUCCGGCGGCAAGCAGGGCGGGGGCGCGCUGGAGAGCAGGCUCGAGCUCAUCGCGGGCGUCCCGGACGCGCUCCCCGGCAUGGCCAUGAAGCCGUUCGCCCCCGAGGUGGCGCCCUGGACGGCCGUGGCGAUGCAGUGGGCCAAGGCGAGCCAGCACGCGCUCACGAUGCUGGCGGCGGUGGACGCCGGCGACAAGGACAGGGCGGAUGAGGAGUUCAAGGCGGUGCAGGCGUGGGUGGACAAGACAAAGGCCAAGACGGUGAGCAGUCUGGGGGAUGACGGCAAGGUAGUGCCCAACUCGAUCACACCGACGACGGGCGACGGGGUAUUUGAUGCCUUUAUCGCGAACGCGACGGCUAUUUACAAGGGUCAAUAA